AUGGUCACGGAUAGCCUCAUGGAGCUUGUGGUACUUGAAGGAUGUACAAGUAGAAUUAACUAUGGGGAGAUGGGAAACAAUGAAGGUAUUCCAAGCAGGGAGAAAGGAUUCAUGUUUCCUAAGCCUGAGCUGAUCUCACAGCUGGAGCAAGGUCAGGAGCCAUGGGUUCCUGAAGGCCCAAGACCUCCUGAUCUGGGACUGAUUCCAGCCUUUUCUGCAGGUGAUAUGCCUGAAAUCUCUUGCCUGCUGAAGAAGGGCUGUGAGGCUGGCAACCUCCAGGGAAUCCUUUCCCCAGCUGUUUCCAGUGGGAAGGAGGCCUGCAGAGAUUCUCUGGACAAGGUUCUCUACUGGCGCAUCUCCGAGGGCAAGGAGCUAAUCCCCUGUGCUGCUGCUGACCGUCCCUGGCCGCCGCUUUCUCCCUCUGAUCCACCUAAGCCUUACGAGUGUCCAGAGUGUGGCAAGAGCUUCACUCACAUCUCCAACUACAAACGCCACAGGCGUGGCCACAGCGUCAAGAAGCCCUUCCAGUGUCCGCAGUGCAACCAGCGCCUGAGCUGGAGCUCGGACCUGGUCCGUCACCUGCGCACGCACAGUGGUGAGCGGCCUUUCAGGUGUGCACUCUGCGGGAAGGGCUUUGGCCUCAGCUCGGACUACGCACGCCACCAGCGCACGCAUACUGGUGAGCGCCCCUUUCCGUGUUCCCAGUGUGCGCGGAGCUUCCGCCGCAGCUCAGAGCUGGCCACACACCAGCGGGUCCACACUGGGGAACGGCCGUUUCGCUGCGCUGACUGUGGCCGUGGCUUCAGCCGCAGCUCGUCGCUGCUCACGCACCAGCGCGUUCACACCGGGGAGCGGCCCUACCGGUGUGGGGACUGCGGCAAGUGCUUCCGCAUCGGCCAGGACCUGGUCAAGCACCGGCGAACCCAUACCGGUGAGAGGCCCUACAAGUGUGCGGAUUGUACCAAGUGUUUUAGCCACAGUGCCAACCUCAUCACGCACCGGCGUGUGCACACUGGUGAGAAGCCCUACAAGUGCCCUGAAUGUGGGAGGAGCUUCAGCCAGAGCUCACACCUUGUCAUCCACCAGAGAGCACACACGGGCGAGCGCCCCUACCGCUGUGGUGACUGUGACAAGAGCUUCAGUAGCCGCUCCUACCUCCUUAAGCACUGCAGGGUCCAUAAUGGUGAGAAGCCCUAUGGCUGUGAUGUGUGUGGAAAGAGUUUCAGUCAGAAGAACAACCUCAUCACACACCAAAAAUUGCAUGGGGCAGACAGGCAGCCAGGGGUGACACCCUGUGUCCUGGCCGAGCUUGGACCUGGAUCCUGA